AUGGAGCUUGAAGAUGACGCGGCGAAUCAGGUCCUCUAUCGGAUCAUGGGGACGGAGGAUAUCCCAGCCGUUUUGGAGGCCGUGGCUCGCGCUUUCUUCGAGGGGGAGCCCGUGACCGCCGCGGCCCGACCCCCCUGCACUCUGGGGGACUGGACCCGCUUCACGGAGAUGUUCCUUCCGCACAUGGCUGCUGAAGGACACACCGUGGUAGCCUUCGAUAAGGCCACCGGCAAGGUCUUGGGCGCCCUCCUGAACGAGGACUUCGUGCAUCCGGACCCCCCGGCCAUGGAGAAGUUCCUGGACACCUCCGAUGGGGACUGGAGGCCGCUGAUGGCCAUGGUUGAAGAGCUUGAGAUCCAGCUUAUGGAGAGCCAUAAGAUACCUCCGAAGGCCGAGGAAAGGCCCAGCGGAACGUUCUUCCACCUUUGGAUGCUGGGCGUGGCGUCGUCCGCGCGUGGCCGGGGCGUGGGUUCCAAGCUGCUGCGCCACUCCCUCCUUUGGGCAAAGCAGCGCGGCUUUAAGAUGGCCUUCGCUGAGACCACCGGUGCCAUUAGCACCGGGAUGGUGAAGAAGCAUUGCUCUCCCAAGUUGGAUGCAUUCGUCGACUACGCGUCCUGGGAUAAGAUGCCCACCUCGGAGGAGCUCAAGCAGUUGCCCUCGCUCGGACAUCUUGGCCUGUCGAUGCUCUCCAUCGAUCUCACCGACUUCGCUUGGAAGGAUGCUGAGUGA